AUGGCAACAACGCCAGAUGAAGAGUUUUGGUCAAAACAUGCCCGCUCCACUCUAGGACCGCUAUUGAGUUUAGCUGGGACAUAUACAGCUUCGGAUCAAGCUUCCCAUCUCCGAUUCUUCGAUGAGCACGUUGCAUCUUGUCUUGGAUCACAGCAUGUAGAGCCCAAGGUAGAGUACUGGGCAAGCCCGGACUUGGCCGGAACGCGUUUUGAAGUCAGUCUUAAUCUGACGACCCGGGGUAAGGCGAAAGUACGUUUAAGCUUUGACCUCAUACGAGAUGGAACCGGACCGGAUACGUUCGGUGAGAAUAAUGCACGCGAAGUGUUACACCGUCUAUGUUCGGCUACAGAUGGUGAUCCUAGGUUGAUGGACCACCUCAUGGAAGCAUUUUUCCUGUCACCAUCCGAAACGGAAGCCUUGCGCAACAAAGUCCGCCCGCACAUGCAAAUCCCGCCAGCUUGCAUCGCGUUCGAGCUUGAAGGAGACCGGCAAAUCCUGAAGGCUUACAUCCCGGUUUUGAGGAAAGCCGCCUUGGGAAAGUCGGCAGUGGAUGUCACUUUGAAUGCGCUCCGCGACCUAGAACCCCUAGGAUACGACUUAUCGUACAACUUAGAUCUGCUUGACGAAUACCUAGCAAACCGCCAAGGCGAGGUAAAUCCUGUAAUGAUAGGAAUUGACUGUCUAGACCCAAAGGCAAAUCAAGGCAGCCGCGUUAAAGUAUACGUCCACUGCAAGACCUGUACGUUUGCCACAGCCCGAGAUGUCAUAACUCUUGGUGGGCAUCUAAGUGGCGAGCCUACGCUGAAGAAGGUGAACCUUUUGCGAUCCAUCUGGCACUUGCUACUGAACGAACCCGACGGUAUCCCAGACGACAAAAUCGACACUUGGUUAAAGCAUGAGCGUGCCCCCGGCGCGGCCUUUUCGGGCGUUCUGUUCAGUGUAGACCUGGCGGCUGGCAAGAAGAUGCCUGAUAUUAAGAUAUACGUGCCCGUGUUCCAGUAUGCCGAGCGCACCGAGACGGCGUAUAUAAACACCAAUGCUGUCUUGAAGAAGGUUGGCCACGAGUGGGGCCAGACUGGACGAUUCAAUGAAGUAGCUACGGCUGUUUUUGGAGGACAGAAAGCCCACGGGCAAAGCCACCUGUCCUACUCGUAUACUGAAUCUAAAGGGGUAUACCUGACGGCGUACUUCAGCAUACCUGUUUUUCAUGGGGAGCAGAUAACUAACGCUUACAAUAUCUUGGACUAG